CUCUAGGUCUACACCCACUAAAACAAUAUCCUUAUCGAUGUUGUAGGGAAUCUCAGCUAAGCUGUCAGACUCAUUGCUUCGGCACGCCUCAAUCUACACAUGUCCGACAAAGUAUACACAAGCCUGGAAUGACUCGACAGUGAGACCCCACUCGCGAGAGCUCUCGCGAUACUCAUUGAACGAGGAAGUAGUAGUUGCCAUCAAUUGAUAAUUGAGACUCAUACUCCCACAGAAACCACAAAUGCCACAUCAGGCCGGAAUACUAACGCCAGCCAAAUGAUUUGUUUCGAUUGCAUUCGUCUGCGAAACACCACCCUUCCUGAUGGGCGGCGAGUGUUCACCGUUAGAGAGCUCGGGAACAACAUCUGUUGUUCACACACACACACACACACACACACACACACACAUACGCAAUAAACUUGCGCAACGGCGCGAUAGUCGCUUUUCUAGUGCCGCGAAUCCCGUCAGUUAUAGUAGCUUGUACCAUUGCAGAGUCUCGGAACGGCCCGAUAAAUGACUCGUUGUAUGUUCCUGCAUACUAUCAAAGUGGGUCUCUUAACUUGACGCAUACUAACGAGCGCGAGUCUAGACGCUGCAUAUGAUACAAAAACACUAUCAACCAGCAACAGUAUUCAGAAGCGAUAUUCCGCAGACCCUUCGGUCAUCAUUGUUGUUCCUAGUGAGCAACUUCUUUCCUUGC